GUGUAGCUCGAUCGGAGAAUCAGAAAUUCGCAUCAGGGACAUUACAGUAGGAAUAAAGAAGAUACUUUCGAUUACUCGUAGUAGCUGUCGCGCUACCCUAAUUGCAACCGGUCGAUGCGGAUGGGAUAGUAACUGAACGAUGGAAGCUAACGACGACGGCCCGUGGGGAAGGAAAGCCCCACUCAAUGGCGUGUCAGCGGAAACGCGUAGGACGCUUCGGCUGAGACACAACAUCAACAUCAACACCAACAAUUCUUCAACGACACGUAACUGAUUCUGCAAGCAUGGCGGUCUCUAUAUUCCAGCGGAAGCGUGAUCUGAUCUAUCUCGUCUUCUUCAUCGUGCACUUGCCAGUAAUGCUAGCAUUCGACCUCACAGCCUACUACCCAAUCCAAAUCAAACCCCUCUGGAUGUCCUCUCUACGCGACUGGUACAUAGCUACAUAUGGCGACCGUUUCUUCUAUAACGCUCCGGCCUGGUUCCCCGUUCUAACUUUUCUUGAACUUGUCUAUCAUCUCCCCGUAACUAUAUGGGCCAUUCCCGCCUUGUUGCGCAACGAUCCACGCGUCCCUCUUGCCCUGCUGGUCUUCGGUAUGGAGACCAGUUUGACGACGUUGGUCUGUUUGGCAGAAAUGUUGAGUUGGGAUGAGUUGACGUCGGCACAGAGGGGUGUGCAGGGACUGGGCGGUAUGUACGGGGGUUAUCUGGCUGCCGGUAUCUUCAUGACUUUAGACUGCUAUGCCAGGCUGGAUCAGACGAUCGCAAAACUACACCGAGGACUGAAACCAGUGACAAAGAAGGAGCUGUGAAACCGUUCCAUCUCAGAUUGAAUAUCUGAGGAUGUUACCAUGACACACGUUAGCAUGGAGACCGAAUGCAUUCCGGUACAAGCAGCAACUUCAGAGAGCACAGAUGAAGCGAAGGGACCGAG